AAGAACUUUCAAAACAAAACAACACAAGCCAGAGCAAAUUGAGCAAUUUCUCGUGUUGGACCCCACACCUCUCUGCUUCCUCGUUUGUUUUCUUCUUGGUCUGUCAAGAUCUGUUGGCCCUGCAAAACAAACCCGUCAAACGGUUCUAAACUCUCUGCCAAAAUCCCAUGGAAGACUACAGCAGAUCAAAGUCAUAUGGCACUGGCAGUGGGACGAUGCAGAUGGAAAACUACUAUGGACCUCCAAGACCACCUACUUCCUAUGAGCUAAGGAGCUACAGUGUUUCUUAUUCACAAACCCAGAUGGCUAAUAACAAUAACAGGGACUUCAAGUUGAAGAAGGGAAAAAGCACUUCUGGGUCGUCCUCGAAGUCUAAUUGGGGUCUCAUGGACCCUGAGUUGCAGAGGAAGAAGAGGGUUGCUAGCUACAAAAUGUACUCUGUGGAGGGCAAGAUGAAGGGCUCCUUCAGGAAAAGCUUCAGGUGGCUUAAAGAUAAGUGCACCCAAGUGGUUUAUGGAUGGUGGUGAUUGGGAUUUGGUGGGUACUGUUUAGUUUUGCUCUAUAAUUAUUUGUAAGUCUUGAGAGAAAGUCUUGAAUUUUGUGUAUUGUGGAUUUAUGGUUGUGAUCAUGAAAAAAAAAACCCCAUGAAUUGGGUUGUUGCAAAUAGACUGAAUUGUAAAUUGGGUAAAGUACUGUCACUGGUUUUGAAUCAAGUUAUCUCCUUUCAUAAGAAUUCA